GUCAGCUUGCCGGCUGUCUGGUGAAUCAUCCCGGUGACUGUCGUCCGCCGCAGGAGUGGCCUGAGUCCUCAGCCUUUAAGUCAGAGUGAAGAGUUGAAAACUCGUUUCUCUGCUUUUCUCUCAUCUCACACAGACGCAGCGAGAGGCGCAGCCACCAGGAGCAAAGCGUUUUAUUUUCCCUUUUAGAGAGCUCUCUCUACCAAACAAUUCCUGCUGUGUAUCCCGGGAGAAGAGCAGCAACAUGCCCAAAGCGGUCAACGUUCGCGUCACCACCGUGGACGCUGAGCUGGAGUUCGCCAUCCAGCCUAACACCAUCGGAAAGCAGCUGUUUGAACAGGUGGUGAAAACCGUCGGUUUACGUGAAAUCUGGUACUUUGGGUUGCAGUAUGUGGACACCAAAGGAUACCAAACCUGGCUAAAACUGGACAAAAAAGUGUCGUCCCAAGAGAUUAAAAAGGAGAACCCGCUUCAGUUCCGGUUUCUUGCGAAGUUCUUCCCAGAGGACGUGGCUGAGGAGCUGAUCCAGGACAUCACGCAGAAGCUCUUCUUCAUCCAGGUGAAGGAGUCCAUCCUCUCCGACGAGGUUUACUGCCCCCCAGAGACAGCCGUGCUGCUGGCGUCGUACUCCGUUCAGGCCAAGUUUGGAGACUACGACAAGAGUAUCCAUCAGACCGGAUACCUGCUGUCAGAACGCCUGCUGCCGCAGAGAGUCAUGGAGCAACACAAGCUUUCCAAAGAACAGUGGGAGGAGAGGAUUCAAGUGUGGCAUGAGGAGCAUUGUGGGAUGCUCAAAGAGGAUGCCAUGCUGGAGUAUCUGAAAAUUGCCCAGGAUUUGGAAAUGUAUGGAGUCAACUUCUUUGGCAUCAAAAACAAGAAGGGGACGGAGCUGUGGCUGGGAGUGGACGCACUCGGGCUCAACAUUUAUGAGAAGGAAGACAAGUUGACUCCAAAAAUCGGCUUUCCCUGGAGUGAGAUCAGAAACAUUUCCUUCAACGACAAGAAGUUCAUCAUCAAGCCAAUCGACAAAAAAUCUCCGGACUUUGUGUUUUUUGCCCCGAGACUGCGAAUCAACAAACGCGUCCUGCAGCUGUGCAUGGGCAACCAUGAGCUGUACAUGCGUCGCCGCAAGCCAGACUCCAUCGAAGUGCAGCAGAUGAAAGCCCAAGCCAAGGAGGAGAAGGACCAGAGGCAGAUUGAGAAGGCCAACCUGGAGAAAGAGAAGAAAAGGAGGGAGGCCAUUGAGAGGGAGAAGGAGCAGAUGGAGCGGGAGAAGCAGGACCUCAUGAUGAAGCUGUACCAGUUCGAGGAGAAGACCAAGAAGGCUGAGAAAGAUUUGCAGGAGCAGCUGCAGAGAGCUAUGAUGCUGGAGCAGGAGCGAAGAAGGGCGGAGGAAGAGGCGGCGCGCUUGGAGGCCGACCGCCAGGCCGUCCUGCUGGCUAAAGAGGAGCUGGCACGCCAGUCUGAGAACCAACUGAAGACUCAAGAGCAGCUGGCUGCAGACCUGGAAGAAUACACAGCCAGGAUCGCUAUGUUGGAGGAAGCCAAGAGGCGCAAGGAGGAGGAGGCUAAUGCAUGGCAGACCAGGGCCCAAGAGGUUCAGGAUGAUCUGGUCAAAACCAAGGAGGAACUGCACAUGGUGAUGACGGUUCCGCCACCACCGCCGCCUCCCCCGAUUUACAACCACAUGGAUUAUAACAGCGACAGCGAGGAGAACGCCAGCAAUCACAGCGCCGAGCUGCAAGUCGGCGGCAUCAAUGACCACCGCAGGGAGGAGGACCGGGUGACCGAGGCCGAGAAGAACGAACGAGUCCAGAAGCAGUUGAAGGCCUUGACGUCAGAGCUGGCUCAGGCUCGGGAUGAAUCCAAGAACACCCAGAACGACCUCCUCCACUCCGAGAACGUGCGGGCCGGCCGAGACAAAUACAAAACCCUGCGACAGAUCCGACAGGGCAACACCAAGCAGAGGAUCGACGAGUUCGAAGCCUUAUAAACGGCCUCUGGUGCUUCACCGCUUACCCUUUCUGAAUGAUCCCGCUUCUGUUAGCACACCCCACGGCAGACUAAACCGGAGAACGGCAGAGGCACACACAAACUCCCGCUGAAGUUAAAGAAAGUGCCAAAACCAACUUUCCUUUUCCAUUUCUUAGUGUUAUAAAUUGUGUUUAGAUUCGCCGAACCUAUUUGUUUAAAGCCAAAUCUUCUAUAAAGUAGAUGUUCUUCAUUCAAAGCUUUACUUUAUUGUAAAUUUAUUUGCAGCGACCACUCAGAAAGGGGAAGAACCAACAAUAUUUUGGAAUACUUCCAUUUAUUUUUACUGUUGCAAACCUAUAGGUUCAAAUCUAGCUAUGACAUAUUUAUAUUGUAUAUGGGACAUAAAAAAGGGUGUUUGAACUUUGUAUAUUUUUGCUAUUUACUCACUAGGAAUUAGUUUUAAAAGCUUAUUUUGACAGAAACAAUCACAGUCUUAUGUUGGAUAUGUUUUAAAUCAAGAGAUUUAAUUGUAAAUUAUUAUUUUUUACUGCAGGACAUAUCCAGCUGCAUGCUAUUCCAAUCUUGGUACUUUUGAUUUAUUUUUUUUGCAUGCAGCUCUGUGCUGAGCGGGACACUGAGGUGUUCAUGUAUUAUAUUUGUUUCUGUCUGAACUCACUGUUCCUCAAGUGUCCUUUCUCUUUAGCACCGACAUCUCAACAACUAAAAUUAAAAUCAACUUUUUUUCCUCUAUUAUUAAUAUUAUUUUUUAUGUUCGACCUUCAUUUCGGUUGAAAUGAGCGUGAAAUUCAGUGUAAGAACAAACUCCUCUCUGGACUAGAGUAGUAUUUACUGACGUUGUAAUGAAAAAUGCACAUGAAUGCUGGCCUUUGUUUAGGAACCGGAUUUUAUAAUGAGGUGUUUGACAUACUGGCAAUAAAAAACUCUUCAUCUCGCA